CCGUACGUAGGGCCGCCCAAUGGGGGCGCGAGCUGCGCGGUAUUUGAAUCCUGGAACUAGGCGACUUCACGAAGAUCUCCAGCGGUGCGGGCUCUGAACGCAGUCUUAUCGGCGCCGGGGAAGCUAGUGCUCUCGGUUUCCAGUCCGCGUCCCUCCCUGGGCCGGGCUGACACUCUUGUCUGUCCCGUCCCUCAUGGCGCUGCUCCGACGCCCGACGGUGUCCACCGAUUUGGAGAAUAUUGACACAGGAGUUAAUUCUAAACCUAAAAGCCAUGUGACUAUCAGGAGGGCAGUUUUAGAAGAAAUUGGAAAUCGAGUUACAAUCAGAGCCGCACAAGUAACUAAGAAAGCUCAGAACACUAAAGUACCUGUUCCACCCACCAAAACAACAAAUGUCAACAAGCAGCUGAAACCUACUGCUUCUGUGAAACCAGUGCAGAUGGAAGUGUUGGCUCCAAAGGGUCCCUCUCCCACACCUGCGGAUAUCUCCAUGAAGGAAGAGAACCUCUGCCAAGCUUUCUCUGAUGCCUUGCUCUGCAAAAUUGAGGAUAUUGAUACUGAAGACUGGGAGAACCCUCAGCUCUGCAGUGACUAUGUUAAGGAUAUCUACCAGUAUCUAAGGCAGCUUGAGGUUCUGCAAUCCAUAAAUCCACAUUUUUUAGAUGGAAGAGAUAUAAACGGACGCAUGCGUGCCAUCCUGGUGGAUUGGCUGGUGCAAGUCCACUCCAAGUUUAGGCUGCUGCAGGAAACUCUGUACAUGUGCGUCGCCAUCAUGGACCGAUUUUUACAGGUUCAGCCAGUCUCUCGUAAGAAGCUUCAACUGGUUGGGAUUACAGCUCUGCUCUUGGCUUCCAAGUAUGAGGAGAUGUUUUCUCCAAAUAUUGAAGACUUCGUUUACAUCACAGACAAUGCUUACACCAGUUCUCAAAUUCGAGAAAUGGAAACUCUAAUUUUGAAAGAACUGAAAUUUGAGUUGGGUCGACCUUUACCACUACAUUUCUUAAGGCGGGCAUCAAAAGCCGGAGAGGUCGAUGUUGAACAGCACACUUUAGCCAAAUACUUGAUGGAACUGACUCUCAUUGACUACGACAUGGUGCAUUAUCACCCUUCUAAGGUGGCAGCAGCCGCUUCCUGCCUGUCCCAGAAGGUUCUAGGCCAUGGAAAAUGGAACUUAAAGCAGCAGUAUUACACUGGAUACACAGAGAAUGAAGUAUUGGAAGUCAUGCAGCACAUGGCCAAAAAUGUAGUGAAAGUAAAUGAAAAGUUAAUGAAAUUCAUUGCCAUCAAGAAUAAGUAUGCCAGCAGCAAACUCCUGAAGAUCAGCACGAUUCCCCAGCUGAACUCAAAAACCAUCCGAGAGCUUGCCUCACCUCUGCUGGGACGGUCCUAGGCUGCCGAGGCCCUCAGGGAAGAGUGCUUCGUCUGUGCACUUUGUCUUGCUGAUUUGGAACUCCUGACUUUAUAUAUAGUCCUCUGGUCUACUUCAUGAAACCUUUUCUCAGACUGAUCUUCUAAAUGUAUAUUGAGGAAAAAUAAAGCUAUUGAUUUUCUUUUCUUAAGGUAUCCUA